AUGUGCGUGAAAAUCAUGGCCCUGCCUGCAUCUUCAUUUGGACUUUAUUUGGGAAAUACUUCCUCCUGUCUCGCUAUUUACAAAGUAAGUACAUCCUAUUCACGAUUAAUAAACAUUUCCGUUCCUCAUUUUCACUCAGUGAUGAUUUUCUGGGAAAUGAGUUUGCUAUCCAGAAUUGACACUCACGUGUCAAUCUUACUUUUCAAAUUUAGCGAGUUCUCCUUGGGUUUCAAUGAAAAAUCAUCGAACACUGUGGUUUUUAUUCAGGAUGAGAAUGUGGAUGUCGUUGCCAAUCAUGCAGGGGACAGGGUCACAGCUGCUGUCAUCGCUUUUCACGAAUCCGAACAGAUAAUAGGGGCGCCAGCAAAAUCCGGUGUAUUCCGAAACGCCGCCAUAACCGUUCUAAAUAAUAAACGCCUGAUGAACAAAGAGAUAGACUCAAAUGAGUUAGAUACUGCCAUAAAAAAAAGCUCAGUCUCAAUAAUAACAGAGUCAGAGCUUCAGUAUUCAAUCACAGUCGGUGAUAAAAUCGAAAAAAUCACCCCAAAAAAGGUGUCCUCAUUACUAUCAGGUGCAAUGUACGAUAUAUCAACGACAGCAGCUCACGACGACGAGGAGCACAACGUUGUGUUGUGUGUUCCCCACAGAUUCAAUAGUGAGAGUAUCCAAGAGUGGAGUGAUUCAGCAGCGAGUGCUGGCUUCAAAGUACUUCAGGUCAUUGCUGAACCCGUGGCGUCUUGUCUCGCUCAUGGCUUGGGGAAGAACAAAAGGGAGUCAGAACUUGUCCUAGUCUAUCGAGUGGGUGGUGUAUCAAGUGAUGUGACCCUGGUGAAAGUAACCGGUGGUGUAUUUGCGAUACAAUCCACCCAAUACUACCCACACCUGGGUGGUCACAAGUUCACAGACCUUCUGACAGCCUAUCUAGCCGAGGAAUUUCGAAACAAAUACAAGCUCGACCCGACCGAGAGUCGAAGAUCGAUCUCAAAGCUGAAGAUCGAAGCCGAGAGAUGUAAGCACGUCCUCUCGACGAUGUCUACAGCUCAUCUCUUCGUGGAGUCUCUCUGUGAUGGUGUGGACUUCAGUCACAACAUAACGAGGGCGAGAUUUGAAAAUCUCAUUGGGCCACAUAUUUCCGAGUACAUCCAGCCAAUUCAGGAUAUCCUCAAUAAGACCUCACACACAAUAAUGGAUAUCAGAAAGAUAAUCCUGUGCGGUGGAACAAUGAAGAUUCCCAAACUCCAGGAGAAAAUUGGCUCAAUAUUCCCGUGCGGUGAAGUCUUGACCUCCAGGUGGAGUCCAGACGAAACAAUGGCAAUAGGAGCUGCCAUGCACUCGUCUCUUCUCCUGUCUCAGGGUAUUCAUGAUCGUGAUUUGAAAUCAACAGAUGUCGAAUUAUAUGGAUUAAGCAGAUCGAUCUGCCUCAAGUUUGAGAACAUCGAGACUGUAAUCAUUCCUGAGGGGACAAUUGUACCCAUAAAAAUUCAGACGAUAAUCGAGAUGGCGGAAAUCACAGGGGAGAAAGUAAGGGUGAAUAUUUUUGAAGGCGAGGACAAUGGAAAUGAGAUUACUAAUCAAAUCGGACUGAUCUCGCUUGACGUCAAAACUUCUGGAAAGUACAAAGUCGACACUGACCUGACUGAGGCCUUUUUGAAUGUUCAUGUGACGGAAUUGUCGACGGGGAAGAAGUCAUCGUUUCGAUUUGGAAUUCAUGAGGAUGAUUCCUUAUGAAUUCUGGCUUAUGUACAUUAUCAAUAAAAUUUGGAUUAUUUGUUUUUU